AUGGACUCACCAUCGUUCAAACCGCAUUCGCCAUCGAAAACACCUUUGUAUCCCGCUUCGCCUGAACGGAUUAACCAACAGAAGCUCGUGAGCUCACCGUCUAUGCCUUCUGAUAUUUAUCAAAAAGCAUCGGAUGUGCAGUCGAGGAUUGCUUUUAUCAACAAUCUAUCUAGAGCGGGCAGCCCGGCACCAAACAGCCAACAAACUUCCUCCACCUCAGUAUCUGCUGCCCUUCAAAGGGCAAUCCUUGGGCGUGAGGAGGCAGAAUCAGCUCUAGCUAGAGUAAACGCUCAAAUAUCCGAGGCUCAAUCUCGUGAGCGCAAAAUAAGCGAGAGACUUGAGUCAUUGCUCGAAGAGCUGCAAAAUACAAGAGAACGCCAAGCGCAUGAGCGUGCACUUUAUGAGAAGGAGGUUCGCAAGGCGCGAAAAGAAGCGUUUCGUGCUGGAUCUACACUAGUUAAGCUACAGGAAGAAUUAAAGCUCUCAAAAAGCGAAAAUAAGACACUCAAGGAUGAGAUUCGCAUAGAAAGGGAAGCGACAGAGAAGGCAAAGCAGGAGGCUUUUGAACGCGCAUAUGCCUUAGCUGGAAUGACAGAAGAGUUUCAGGGACUCAAGGAUCAACUUCGAGCCCUAGAGGCUGCGAACCAGACAGGCUCUUUAGAGAUGGAAGUUGUCGGCUUCGAAGACAGCAGCAAUAGGCCGGCAAUCGACUACGCCGACCAGGGUACAUGUACCACCCCUACUUCUAGACGGCCAAAGCGGAGCGCAGAUGCAUCUGAAAUUCUUCAAUCGAGUGAGUCACAGAGUAUUCACGAGGAAGAAACACCCACAAAGAAAAUCAGACUAUCGCGGCGUGUCUCGAACAAGGAGAAUGAAGAUCCCGAGGAGCUGGAGCAUCAAUCAGACCUCAUUGAUGGAUUGAAAGCAGAAAUAAAAAUUGAAAAACGACAAAGGGAGAGAGCAGAAGACAUGGUUCACUUCUUGAAGAUGGAAUGCCAGUUUAAGCGCUGCUCUUGCAGAAUUGCGGAAAGCCAAGGUUUCGACUAUGUUUACGAUAAAGACUGGGAAAACAUAUGCAAUAAUAGCCACCAUAGAAUUGUGGAAGAACAACAAUCUCACUUCCGCGAUGAAACACCGGCGGUAUCCGCUCAUUCACCGUUCGAAAGCCCAGUGACUGCAAUGACGCCUCCUACCCCUGAGUACAGAGAACCGACUGUUAUAGAAAAGGAAAUCCAGCCUACCGAUGAUCAAGACAUUACUUUCUGCCCAACAACUGGAACAUUUGUAUCCGUUCCCUCGCCGCCGCCGCUGCAUGUGGAGAUGCCUGAUCGACCCCGCGAAGAACCUCUAGUCCUUCCAAAUGCCGACGAAGCAGACGUGAUGCCAAGCUGUCCUGACUUUUUCUCAGUUUCUACCAAGACAGCUGAGACUUUGCAAACGGCUACCGAUGGCCAACCUUUUGAAGCUUAUGCUGAAGUCACCGAAGCGUCUAAUAUCCAAACCAUGAUGCCCUUCACUGUUGAUUUCACCGAACACACCAAUACCGAGAAUGACUAUAUUCAAGAACAACAACAACAUUCAGAACCUCUGCCCAUAACCCCAACCGAGCAAGUUACAGUAGCAAGAGAGGAAUCGGUGACCAGAACAGUUCCACUUCAGACUGAACCAAGGCGAUCAGGUAACCCGUCUUCCAUCAUACCUGGCACCCCAGUCACCCGUGAAGAGGCAUUAGCCCAAAUCCGAGCACGCAGAGGAAGGGCCAAGAGUACUACAAAGAGAUCUGCAAGUGCCAGCGAGGCCACUAUGGGCAAGGCUCUAAACAACCGGAUACCAGGCGUGUCACACUCAGAUACGAGAAGCGAGCCGGACGUCAGUGACCGAAGGAGAAACUAUGCAAGUGCGCCUGUACGACGAUACUAA